GGGUGAGGUGUGUAAGACUUUUUGUCCUUUUAAGCAUCACAUCAGCCACUCUUUCUUACCUAUAAAUCAUUCUCUUCCUUCCAAGUACUUUCCCAACAAGCCAUCAUCAUCAUCAUCAUCUCAAAGAGAGAAGAAUUAAACCUAAUUUGAGAGAGAAAAAAAGAGAGAUAUCAUAACACAAAAAAGAUGGGUAGAGCUCCAUGUUGUGACAAGGCUAAUGUGAAGAAAGGACCUUGGUCUCCUGAAGAAGAUGCUACACUCAAAUCAUAUAUUGAAACAAAUGGAACUGGUGGAAAUUGGAUUGCUCUUCCUCAAAAAAUUGGGCUCAAGAGAUGUGGAAAGAGUUGUAGACUUAGGUGGUUAAAUUACUUGAGACCUAAUAUAAAACAUGGUGGAUUUACUGAAGAAGAAGACAACAUCAUUUGCAGCCUUUACAUUAGCAUUGGAAGCAGGUGGUCCAUUAUUGCUGCUCAGUUACCUGGAAGAACUGAUAAUGACAUCAAAAAUUAUUGGAACACAAGAUUGAAGAAGAAAUUACUCGGGAAGCGAAAACAAUCGAAUAACAACAACAACAACAACAACAAUUUGAUGAAUCAAAAGGAUACAAAUGGAAUAGAUGAGAAUUCUUCUUAUUCAAAUUCUUUAAGUAGUUCAGCUCUUGAAAGACUUCAACUUCAUAUGCAACUUCAAUCUCUUCAAAACCCUUUCUCUUUUUACAAUAAUAACCCUGCUUCAUUAGUUUGGCCAAAGUUGCAUCCUUCUCAAGAAAAAAUGAUCCAAAUUAGUCUUCAAAAUUCUAAUAAUAUUAUUAACCCUAUGAUGCAAAAUGUUUUCACUUCACCACAUGUUGAUGUUUUGGAGAAUAUUAAUAUUCCUUUGGAGAAUAAUAAUAUUAACUUCAAUGCUACUGGAAAUAAUGGUAAUAAUAAUUAUAAUUCAAUGCAUUCUUCUUCAAGUGUUGCACCAAGAGGAGAAGGUGUUGAGAUGAAGAGUAGUACCAAUGAAGGAAUUCAACAACUGGAAAAUGAACUUGAUGAGAUUCUCAACAAUAGAAAUAUUAAUACUACAACAAUGGAAGAUGAAUUUGAUUGUUUUAGAGAUAUUAAUAAUAAUGAUGGUUCAAAGGAUGUUCAAAGUAUGAUAUGGUGGUCAAAUGAUUCAGGUGAAACUACUAAAUCUGGAUCCUCAAACUCAUGGGAUUCAUCAACUAAUCUUAUGCAGGAUCAAGGAAUGUUCCAAGAUUAUGAACUAGGUUACACUAUGUAGUAAGAUAUAUAUAUAUAUAUAUGGAUAUUUAACUUUCUGGCUAUUCUAAUUUGUUGCCUUGUUUUAUUUGGUCAUAAGAAUGAUGAGUUGUAAACAAUGUCUUGAAUAUAUAUUAUCUAAUAAUGUA